GCACCACUUACUUGACUGGAGGCCACUGAUAAGUGCCCAAGUCUGUCUCCUUCGGAAUUGGGGGGCAAAAAAUUUAAUUUUGAUAUUUCCAGGAUAUAUAUUUGUAACUUGCAUCUUUGAUGUCCUCUUCCUUUAAGCAUUUUAGGACUUAGGAUCUUAUUACAGGCAUUCCUACAGGAGGAAUCUGUUCUUGACAGGCGAGCCUACCGUAGAAUUCAUCACACAAACUCACUUCGAUACAUGCGAUCAUGAUGAUCAGGAGUGUCCUAAUCUAUACCCUGAUACUCGUCGUGUCUUCUCGCACGCAUGCUCAGCAAUGUCGAAGACGGGUUGUCAAUGAAUAUCAGACGUCGGGUGCUGACGUCAUAAUAGGUGUCAUGCAGAGCUUCUGUUCUACAGAUGGAGUGAGAUGUAUUGGCCCUAUGAUGAAUAAAGAGAUAUAUGAAGCCAUCAAGACAGCUCUCGUAGCCCUGCCAUCAGGCAUGCAAGUGCUAAAUUUUGACAUCGGGUUGGAGCGUUAUGGAUCAUGCGAUAUUCCUCAUCGGGCCGUCGAUGAUGUCACGUACUAUGCCUCUGAGAUCGUAGACCAGGUCAAUAUUUCAUCACAAGGAAUAUAUCCAUGCAUGGACCCUCCAUUUAGACCAGGAUUGAUUGGACCAUAUACAAGUGAUGAGGCUUUGGUGUUAUCCCCGAUACUGUCAAGCGCUGAGGUUCCGACGAUCAGCCAUUCUGCAACCUCCCCUGCACUUAGUGAUAAGAGUGAACAUGGGUCGUUCUUUCGGACUGUCCCAUCUGAUCGCGUCCGAGCACAGGCUAUGGUGGAGUUUUUCGAGAAUUUCGGCUGGUCCUACGUUCAUUUGGUCAACAGCGAAGUGUCAUACGGAAUGACUGGAGCAACAGUAUUCAAGGAAGCAGCGAAAGGGCGUGUUGAUCUGGCUACAUCGAUAGCCAUUCCAUCAAGUGGCGCUGAUUAUGAUGACAUUGUGUCACAGCUUAUCGCGAAUCAAGAUGCAAAAGUUGUUGCAUUCUGGGGAUCGCCUUCGGACCUGUUCAGUCUUCAGACAUCCAUCCAGUCACGAGAUGGCGCUGCUUUGGAUCUUCAGAUAGUUGGUUGUGAUUAUGACAUCCCUGUUGAUAUGUUAUCGGCUAAGGGUUUCUUCAGUAUUUCGGCGGGAGAAUUCUACAAUGCUGAUGUUCAGAACUACCUGACAACGAACAACAUCAAUAUCAAUAACAACAAGCCCGCACCUUAUGUGUCAACCGCCAUUGAUGCCACCCAUGUCUAUGUGGAUGCCCUUCGACGAGCGCAUUCGGACAAGUGCGGAUCCUCCACUCCUGGUAUCUGUGACGUCAUGAAGAUGAUGGGGUCGGGUGAAUUCGUGGAGAUGUACGUCAAGACGGCAGAUUUUACUGGUGUCUCUGGAAGAAGGAUAGCGUUCGAUGAGAACGGGGAUCCAGCCGUUCCCAGCUUCGAGAUUAGGCAACUACAGGUUGAGGGUGCGAGCCUAACGAUCAAGAAGGUUGGUCAAUGGACGGGACCAAGUACUUUGAUGGUGACUGAAAGUGAAAUCAAGUUCUACUCUCAAAAUGGAGAGACAAAUACACCACCUACGUCGGCAUGUAGUAGUCAGUCAUGUACCGUGGUAUAUGAUCACUACGACAUUCUGAACAUUGUUGGGAUAUUCCCCGUUUACGAGUCAGACUGCUCCACCCUGAGCCACCAUCCGGGUAUUGAUCAAGCCGAGGCUGUGCUUUGGGCCAUGGAUCAAGUCAACAAAGACUCCUCCCUCUUGCCAGGCAUGCAGCUAAGACCAAUGCUUGGUGAAUCAUGCAGUUCACCCGACCACGCAGCAUCGGUCACGUACGACUUCGUGAGACAAUUCACUCGCCAACACAACCAGGCCUUUGGGCGUUACAUCAACGAAGAGAAUAUGAGGAAUAAAUAUAUGGCCGGCGUCAUCAGCCGUGUCGAUGACGCUGAAACAGUCGAGAUUGAUCAGGUUCUACAGCCCCUCGGUGUUCCACAUGUCAGCGACUCAGCAAGACUACCAGCCCUUAGCAACAAAGCAGACUAUCCUUAUUUCUCGCGCCUUGUAGCACCAAGUUGUUCCAUGGUUACAGCUAUAGUGGCGUUCCUCAAAGAGCACGAUCUCACCUACGUCCAAGUUUUACAGUCGCGUGAUGGAAUCUAUAACACCACUGCGGCGAAUUUCAUUGAAGAGGCUGAAAAAAAUGGUAUCUGCGUUGCUCAAACCAUCACAUUUGAGCCAAACACCAACUUCAACGGGGUCGUCGAUCGCCUUCUCGCCAAGCCUUCCGCCGACGUCGUCAUCACCUUUGUGAAUAAUGAUGAAACGCAGUUCUUGUUCAGUGCCUUGGAGCGACGUGAUCUUCCUGGAGAGUUCCUGCAGAUGAUUUAUGCAUUCACGGCGGACACCAACUACCUUGAGAGUUCAAACAGAGAUAUUCAUACCGAUUCCAUUACUCUGAGGCGUAAGUCGACUCCGGUGGAUGAUUUCGUUGAUCACUUCAUUUCUUUGACUCCUCAAUCAACAAUGGAAGAAGGACUCUUUGCUGAUUCAGUUCACAACACGUGGUUUGCUGAAUACUGGAUGAAUAAGUUCCAAUGUCAGUUGGGCGGUGCAGAUAUGCCUCAACUGUUCACCACUCCGUGCUCAGGUCAAGAAUCUCUUACACGAAGAGAUGUUUACACCGCAGAAGGUGUCAUUAACGCAGUAUACGUCUACGCUCACGCCCUCACCAACCUCCAUCGUAACAAAUGCCUUGGACCACGUUCAGCCGGGAUCUGUGAUAACAUGCUUACCACAUCACCUCUGGAAUGGGCUAGGUACAUCCGACAAGUCAGCUUCUUGAGCAGAUCUGGUAAUAUGGCCCAAGUGUCCUUUGACGAGAAUGGCAAUGCACCAAGUGCUUUCAACAUAUUGGCAUUGGAUCAUUAUUUGGACAAUAAAGUGCUUGGUACUUUCGAAGAUGACACCGGACUUGUUACGGUCGACAACCGAUUUGCUGUUGGCAGCGGCAAAGAGUCGACGUGCCGAGGAGCUUGUUACGAAUGCUCCGACUCCACAGAGCGUGGUGGGACAUAUCUUCGUAUUCCAGGAGACUUUGACAUUACAGCUGUUCUUUGGUUGAGUGAGGAGGGUGAUGGCGCUAACCUGACAUGCGGAGCGACACGUCCGCAAGAAACUAUGGCCAUAGAAAUCAUCAAACAUGCCUUGGAAGAAAUCAACAAUAGCACCCUCAUUCUUCCGGAUCUUAAACUCGGUCUGACAGUGGUGGACUCAUGCGGACAGUUCUUGGUAACUGCUCGCCAGCUCACAUCCUUGAUAGGCCGAACAGCGUCCAACUUGCCCCCUACUGGACCCAUGAUGGGUGUCCUUGGUCCAGUAAGAGAGUAUCUACAAGGUCACGUGGCUAGUGACGUUACUUCACCUUUCUAUAUUCCGACAAUUGGUUUUACGCCAGCUAGUCCUUCUGUGUUCAGCGAUGAGGGGCCAUAUCCGGCAUCGUCUCUGCUCAGCACUGCACCAGCCUACGAUAACGAAGCCGUGGCGGUCGUUGACAUACUAAAAUAUAAAGGAUGGCAUCACGUGAUCUUUGUCUAUUCACAUUCCUACUACGGCCAUGCAGGCAAUGAUUCUUUCAACAAGGCUGCAAGAGCUAGUGGUAUCUGUGUUCGUGAUAGUAUUGGCAUCGACCUAGACUCGCCACAGAGUGUCCAUAAUGACAUCGUCCAGAUGAUCAGGGAUUAUGGAAUCACCGUCGUCGUCGCUUUCGUCGAAAGUACUGAUGCUCGCAACCUCCUGACUGCUGAGAUGGAAUCUUCACAGGGACCUAGUGAUAAGAUCACUUGGGUAGGUUCUGAUAAAUGGUUCACUGAUCCUGAUGUUGACGUCACAGCUGGACUAGAAAGGGUCGCCCGUGGUGCCAUAGUUGUCACCAAUUACCUAGUUGAUUACAGCCCUCUCAAGGAACAUCUUUCUAAUCUAGACCUAGUCAAAGAGACAGAAGAAAACCACUGGCUUCGUAAUUACGUCACUAAUGAAUUGACCAAUGGCUGCACUUCUUCAGAAUGCAUCGAAUCUGUCGACCUCGGGAAACAGGGUGUGAUUCCUCCUUACGCUCCAACUCUAAUCAACGCGGUUCAUGUACUCGCACAGGCCGUUCACAACAAGAUUCAGAUUCUAUGUGGAAACGGUGCAUUUGUUGGUCAUGUGUACAAGCGGUCCGACUACCCCCGCCUAACUAACGUCUCCGUUCCCCUAUGCCCUGAAUUCUUCGAUGCAUCAUGGCACGAUCUCCUGCAUGCUGUCAAAAAUGUGUAUGUCUUUGAAGGGGCAGGGCGACGUCCUUUCUGGUUUGAGAACCGUCAGGGUCCUGCUGAGUAUUCUAUCAUCAACUUUCAGGGUGAAGGGUCUUCGGGACGCUUCGAGACGAUUGGUGAGUGGAUAAGUGGAGAACUGACCAUGGAAGAUGACAUGACCUACCUCUACAAUGAAGCCGCUAAUCAACCCAUCAGUGCUCCAUCUGAAUGCCCUUCUGUCCUUGCUGAAUGUCCUACACGCGUCCCAGAAGACCAACCUUCUGGAUGGGCAUGGAAUACCAACAUGGAGUCCUGGAGCAUCAUCGUGUUGAUUGUAAUUGCUAUUGUCGGAUUCCUUUGUUUGGCUACCAUUGUUGUCAUCGUUGGGCGACGUGACUCAGCUGUGAUCAAGAGUUCUAAUCCAUUCCUGGUGUCCAUGUUGGCCAUCGGAAUCAUCCUCAUGUACCUUAACAAUAUCUGGUACAUGGUGUCCCCUGUUGAGUCCGUGUGCGGUAUCCAACGUUGGAUGACCAGUUUUUCAUAUUCAGUUGUCUACGCUGUCCUAGUUACCAAGACAAUCUGCGCCAGCUUCCUGGCUCGUGACGACAGCGCCACCAAGUCCAUCCUUAUAAGCUUUCCCAUGCACAUUGUGCUGUUCUGCGUGUUGCUUGGUGCUGAAGUCAUCCUUGUGACUGAAUGGCUGAUCCUCGAUGCUCCCGCCGUUGAUGCAGCCUAUGAAGUUAACCGAUUCGGAUGUGAGGUAUUUAUGGGUCAGACCUGUAACCAUGACAAUACCAGCAUCAUUGCUUCGAUGAUAUACGUGUACAUCCUCGUCUUGACGACAUUUGUCAUGUCACUCUUCUCGUCCAACCAUCUCCAAGGAAUUGCCAAGAAGGAAAACAAAUUCCACCUCCUGACCAGUCUCCUCAGUAUCUGUUUCCUUGUGGCUUGGCUCUGUUGCUACACUCUCCUCCCUCAGAACUACCAGACACCAGCUAUUCUCAUCGGAAUCACUGUUGAUGCUACUGCCAUCUUCCUCUGCAACAUCGUACCCAAGAUGAUGCUCUUCUUCAAUGGGGAUGAAGAUGACAUGUCUGAGGCAUCAGAUGUCACCGAGACCUACAAGGAAAAGUCAGGCUUCGAGAACAAAGGAAUGAACGAAUCCGAUGACCAGACCCCGCCGUAGGCAAGUGCUACCCCUCCGAACUCUUUUCGAAGGGCUAAAUCACUACAUCUCCGAGUUCCCCCUCUUAGCCACGCCAUUAUUUUUAUUUUCAAAGUACUCAUACUUCCUGCUAUUCUUACUAAUGAUCAAGGUAUUACAUAAUUAUAUAGCCUACCCAAGAAAUAUUACAACUUACAGUCUCUUUUGUAAUUUGUUUAAUAAAAUUGAGUUGUGUCGAUUAUCUCAUCGCAGGAAUUACAACAAAAUUGUGAUAGUGCUGUUAGUGAUGAUACUUAAUGUUAAAUGACCUAAAACAAUUCAUUAUGCUGAAUUUAAUCUUUAAUUUGAUUCAAUACAGAAAAACAAAAAUUCAGUAUAUAUGCGAUACACAUUAUCACCGUGUCCUUAAAAGUAUAACUAUUGAAACUGUGUUCUGAACUAACUAUCGAGAUUCGUCUUCUUAAGUAGGGUGCAUUUUAAUUCAAUGAAUUAAUAUAGUUUUACCUGUGCAAAAUUGAAUAAUUAUCUUCUAAUUUGCACUUAUCUGGUUGUUUUUUGUAUGUUCUAACAAAAUUAAUCAUGAAGAAUUUCAUUACAUGAAAGAUAGCGUGUAUAAAUUUAUUGAAGAGCGUUUGAUUCAAUGAAAAAAAACCUGCGGAAAUAUACCGUAUUGUGUAACUACUGCAUGUAACUGAUGGAAAAAAAAGCUGUAGAAUUAAGGAUUUGAAUGUUAUUAAAAAUCUACUUUUGUAAUAUGAACUUCUGAUUAUCAAAAAAUAUAUUUACCAUACAUGUAUUUCGUGUUUUUACUUUUUUUGUAAAAUGAAAUGGAAUAAUGAAAAUGCUGUAUAGAAAAUUUAUGGUGAACUUUAUACAUUUAAGAUGCGAGUACGUUUUAUGUUUGCAUUUUAGUACGACAUUAUACAUUUCACUUACCCACAUUGCAUUUAUGCUUUUCUAUAAAAAAAUACUCUUGGCGCAUAAUGUAUGCUUUCUUUAAUCAAUGAUAUUAAUUGAAUUCUUUCGCUGAGAUAAAAAGGUUUGUAAGUACAAUUAAGAGGAGAGAUUGAAGUCUUUGAAAUCACUUUUUAAACGUAUUUUCUUAUAUGUAUUAAACAUAUCACUGUGCGAUGGAUAUUGUACCAUAUUUUUGUGAAAUGUAAUAAACUUGGUGGAAGGUUGUGCUUUAAUUAUACACC